AUGAGAUGGAGAACUGCCGCCGCCUUCUCCUCCCUCGAAUCCCUGUUUCAAGCUCUCUCCGCCACCCGAUCCCUUCCCCAGAUAGCCCAGCUCCACCAGCAACUUCUCGUCCGCGGCCUCGCCCCCGCCCCCUUCCGCGCCACCAAGCUCCUCCAGCUCUACGCCGAUGCCAGCGACCUCCCCUCCGCCCUCCGCCUCUUCGCCGCCCUCCCUCGCCCCUCCGUCUUCGCCUGGACCCCCAUCCUUGCCCUCUUCUCCCGCUCUGGCGACCACCUCCGCUGCCUCGCCGGUUACGCCGCCAUGCGCUAUGCCGCCGUCGCUCCCGACGGCUACGUCUUCCCCUCCGUCCUCCGCUCCUCCGUCGCAGCCGCCCACCCGUCCGCGGUCCACGCCGACGCCGUCAAAUUCAGGUCCGACGCCGUCCUCCCCGUCCGCAACGCCCUUGUCGACGCCUACUCCAAGGUCGGGGAUACCGCCAGCGCUCGCUGUGUCUUCGAUCUGACGGACGGCCGUGAUCUGGUCUCCUGGAACUCGAUGAUCUGCGGUUACGUCAACGCUGGGUGCAUCGGAUUGGCGCGGGAGCUCCUGAGGUCCAUGGAAUCAGACGGCUGCGAACCCGAUCUCGUGACGUGGAACAUAGUAAUGGAUGGCUACAGUCGCGCUGGCCGCAGCGACGAGGCGCUUAAGAUCUUUGAUCAAAUAUCUGAUCCGAAUGUCGUCUCUUGGACCACGCUGAUAUCAUGCUAUUCUCGUUGCGGGAAUCACGAGGCAGCACUGGCGAUUUUCAGAAGGAUGUUGAGUGCGGCAACUAUUCCGCCGGACCAGGAUACUCUGUCCUGUGUCAUCUCCUGCUGCCGCAACGUGGCACGUUUAGCCAACGGCCGAGAGGUUCACGCCUACGGUCUGAAGACCAUGGCCGCGGACGCGUUCUAUAGCUCCGCCGGAGCAGCAUUGGUUACGAUGUACGCUAGCUGCAAUAAGCUCUCGACGGCUGAACAAGCAUUUCUGAUGAUGGACCCCGCCGAUGUCGUGGCAUGGAAUGCGGUGAUCCUCGGAUUCGCCCAUUCUGGGUUGGAUCAUACAGCGUUGGAGUAUUUUAGAGACCUGCAGUCGCGAGGCAACCGAAGUGACGAGACCACGGUGGCCACCAUUCUUCCGGUGUGCGAUCUGAACCUAGGCAAGCAAAUCCAUGCCCACGUGGCACGGCACCAUACCGGAUCCUCCCCCCUCGUGUGGAAUGCACUGAUGAACAUGUACGCAAGAUCAGGGUGCAUCAGGGAUGCUUAUCUGGUGUUCUCCCGCAUGGUUUCACGGGAUGUGGUUUCAUGGAACACGAUGAUUGGGGCAUAUGGGUCACAUGGGCUGGGGAAGGAAGCACUCGAGCUCAUGGACUUGAUGAAGGGGCUGGGGCCCAAGCCCAAUGCCAUAACGUUCACUAACGCUCUCAUGGCCUGUAGCCAUUGUGGCAUGGUGGACGAGGGGCUCGAGCUCUUUGAGAACUUGAGUCAGAGCUGGGGUUUGGUGCCGACGAUGGAGCAGUAUGCUUGCGUGGUGGAUUUGCUCGCUCGUGCUGGCAGGUUUGGGGAAGCGGCAGGGUUUAUCAGGAGGAUGGCGGUGAGGCCCAGCAAGAGUGUGUGGGGAGCGCUACUAGCGGCGUGCCGAACGCACCAGAAUGUGGAGUUCGGACGGUUGGCCUUUGAGCAGUUGGUCCUGUUGGAGCCGGAAAACCCAGGGAAUUAUGUAACGAUGUCAAAUAUAUAUGCCAGGGCAGGCCAGUGGGAGGAUGCCAAGAAGGUGAGGAGAAUGAUGGAGAGAAGAGCGUUGGUGAAGCCGUCGGGUUAUAGUUGGAUUGAAGCCACAUAG